AUGACCAAAAUCGAUACCCGCCUCAACGUUGCCCCAGUCCCUCCGGACGAGAUCUUCGCCUUGAACGGCGCCUACGCAGUCGAUCCCCACCCACAGAAAGUCAGCCUCGGCGUGGGAGUCUACCGAACCGACGAUGGAAAGCCAUGGCCCCUCCCGGUUGUAGAAAAGGCCGAGCAGCAAUUGGUGAAAGACAAUGACUUAUUCCGCCACGAGUACACCGCGAUCGAGGGUGACGUGCCCUUCCUGGGAAUCGCGCGGGACCUGAUGUUCGGAUUCGAGGGUAAGCCGAGCGAAGAAGAUGCCAAAGCCCGCAUUGCUUCCGUACAGACCGUCGCCGGCACCGGUGCCAACCACCUGGGCGCCCUGUUCCUUGCCCACCACAUGAAACCCACCAAUGUGUGGCUGUCCAACCCGUCGUGGGCCAACCACCAGACCAUCUGGGAGCUGGCCGGCGUGCCCCGCAAGACAUACCCGUACUACCACGCGGCGACGCGGUCCUUCGAUUUCGACGGCAUGAUGGAUACCCUCGAAUCCGACGCUCAGGAGGGCGAUGUGGUGCUUCUUCACGCCUGCGCGCACAAUCCCACCGGCCUGGAUCCCAACAAGGAGCAGUGGGUUGCCAUUGCUGACCUCUGCGAGCGCAAGAAGCUCUUCCCCUUCUUUGACUCGGCGUACCAGGGCUUCGCCUCCGGGUCUGUGGUGGAGGAUGCCUGGGCUGUCCGUUACUUCUUCAAUAAUAAGCCUGACAUGGAGAUGUGCGUGGCACAGAGUUUCUCAAAGAACUUCGGCCUGUACGGUCAGCGUGUCGGUGCUUUCCACUACUGUACCAACCGUGCCUCGACUAGCAUACGCGAUAUUGUCGUGAAUAACCUGUGUCAUCUCAUCCGCGGCGAGUUCUCCAUGGGUCCUCGUGUCGGCUGCAGUAUCGUCAAGAAGGUUCUCACCAGCGAUGAGCUUACUGCCGAGUGGCACCAGGACUUGCAGGUCAUGAGCUCGCGUAUCAAGUCCAUGCGACAAGCCUUGUACAAUGAGCUCGUUCGUCUGCAGACCCCCGGUACUUGGGAGCAUAUCAUCCAGCAGAACGGCAUGUUCUCCUACACUGGUCUGACCCCUAAGCAAGUAUACGCCUUGAAGGAUAAGUACCACAUCUACCUGCUCAAGUCUGGCCGAGCAUCUAUCAGCGGCUUGAGCCAAAAGAACUUCGCCUACGUCGCACAAGCAAUUGACGACGUUGUUCGCAACGAGAUCUAA